UAUUAUGGUAAGGUGGGACUUUGAAGUAUGGCUCAGUGAUUCAGACGAACGCGCUUCGUUUUGUUAUAAUAACAGAUAAUGGAAUAGUAAUUAGAAUUAACGGAUCGUACAGAUGUCAUAAAUAUUAUAAAAUCAUAUUACCAUGAUAUAAAGAAGCAUGAAUACUUGGCAAUAUCGCCAAUUGUUUGAACGACGUGGUUUAGUGAACAUGACUGCUAUAAUACAAAAAAAUACAUUCACUGGUUACUACUGAAGGACAACAUUCACUAUAUUCAUACUUUUCAUUAUGUACUAGACAUCAUGUCUUACUCCAUUAAUAGAAGACCUUUAUUAGGGGGUGUAUCUGACAGUGAAUUUGAAGAUGAUUUAGAAACAGAACUUGAUGAUCCAAAUGUAUCUAUACCUGACGAAAAACCAUUUUUAAAACAAGAAGAGCCACUUGACAGAUAUAACUUUGCUUAUAUAGUUUUUUACCUGCUUGGAAUAAAUAUAUUAAUUCCAUGGAGUUUUUUCAUCACUGCAGAUGAUUAUUGGAUGUACAAAUUUCGACAAAUUCAUGAGAAUGAUACUAGAACUUUUAAUUAUAAUUAUACAGAAAAUUUAGAAACAAAGACAGAUCUUCAAGCUAGUUUUACUUCUUAUCUGAAUGUAGCAAGUGCUUUACCAAAUACGUUAUUUCUAAUACUAAAUACAUUUAUCAGCAAAACAAUACCUUUAAGAACAAGAAUGGUAGGAUCUCAAUGUAUUAUUCUUCUAUUAUUUAUCAUGACAACUGUAUUUGUGAAAAUAAACACAGAUAAAUGGCAAGCUACAUUUUUAGUAAUUACUUUGACUACUGUAGCAUUUGUCAAUGCUGCAAGUGCAAUUUUUGGAGGUAGUUUAAUGGGUAUAGUUGGACGUUUUUCUCCAAAAUAUAUAACUGCUAUGUCUGGGGGCCAAGCUUUAGGAGGCAUCUUUACAGCUUUAGCAGAAGUGAUCUCUCUUUGGAUUGGUGCUAGUCCUGUACUUUCAGGCUUAAUGUAUUUUAUUAUUGGAGAUACUAUAUUGCUUCUAUCUUUAAUUGCUUAUAUAAUUUUAGAAAAAGCAGCAUUUUUUAAACAUCACAUGUUGGAUAAAUUUCCUGAACGUAUAGAUUCAGAUUUUUCUGUUAAUGCAGAAGUAAUGUUUUCACAAGUACAUACAAUUUCUUAUUUAAACAUUAUUAAAAAAAUUUGGCAUUAUGGUAUUAGCGUAUUUCUUGUAUUCUUUAUAUCCGUCACAGUUUAUCCAGCUAUAACUGUGUUAGUAGAAAGUGAAAAUAAAGGAAAGGGAUAUGCUUGGAAUGAUAUAUACUUUGUACCUGUGGUAACAUAUCUAAUUUUUAGCACAGGUGAUUAUGUUGGUAGAGUUUUAUCAGGCAUUUUUCAAAUGCCUAAAAGUAAACCAUACCAUGUCAUGCUUUUAAGCAUAACAAGAGUUAUUUUUAUACCAGCUUUAAUGUUUUGUAAUGCACAACCAAGACAUAAUUUACCUGUUUAUAUACACAAUGAUAUUUACUACAUUUUAAUAACUAUUUUAUUUGCUGUAACUAAUGGAUAUUUGUGUAAUUUAUCAUUUAUAUUAGCUCCAACAAUGGUAAACACACAAGAAAAAGAAAUUGCAUCUGCGAUGAUGGGGGCUUUCCUUGGUAUAGGAUUAACAACCGGUGCAGCUCUUAGCCUUUACAUGGUUAAAGCUUUGUAAUAUAACUAAGAGAGAAUUUAGUACAUUUGAAGAUAAUCAUUUCAUAUAAAUAUUAUCAAAUAUCAUUGUAAGUACAUUUUAUAAUUUCCUAUACGAUACAUUGCUCUAUUUUAAAACAUGGUUUUCAGGGUAUUAUGACAAAAUAUAUUACUAUUAUCAGAAUUU